AUACAUACACGCACGCGCACGCUGCUGAAGCCAAAAAAAGCCCACUCCUCAACUCCACCGGUGGGGUUGGCGGGGGGAGGGAGCACACGGGCGCACGCACCAGAUGAGAUUUGUUUCCAAACGCGCACCGAUGGCGGUGUGAGGCGUUUGGCUGAGAAGUACGCACGGCGCGGUGGGACAGUGGAGCUUUAAUUUUCUUCUUCUUCUUCUUCUUCUUGAGUCUGUGUGGAUUGUGUCUUGGACGCGGGGACAUAAGGACCAAGCUAUGGAUUACCCGGUCUGUCUACUUUUGCUCUUGGCCACCGUGUCGUCGGUGUCCACGGGACAAUUCCCCACAGCGCACAUGGUAAAGGAAUGGGUCGACCAGAUGCAAAAUGACUUGAUCAUGUUAACUGACACAUCCAGUGGCCUGCAGGACCUAAUACAGAUAUUUAAAAACCACAAAAGUCACUUCAGCGUGGAAUCGAACAAUCCAGGGGAACUGGUGUCGACGGCUGCCGCGAACAUAGAGAAGCUGCUGGCUAACCGCUCCCAAGCCCUAAAGCGGCUGGCGAUGGAAGCGGAGAAGUUUCAGAUGGAGCACCAGUGGCAGGGCGACAGCGAGAUCGACAAACUUAUUUACUACAACGCCAAAGAUGACAUGAAUCAGACGGAGAAGAAGAACCGCUACGUUCCGGAUGAUUUCGAGGUCGACCCCGACUUCAAGCGCCUCGUCUCCUACAACACCACCGCCGUCCACAUCCCCACGGAUAUAUACGAGGGCUCCACCAUCAUAUUGAACGAGCUGAACUGGACGGAAGCCCUGGAGGAUGUUUUCCGGAAAAACAAGGAGGAGGAUCCCUCGCUCCUCUGGCAGGUGUUUGGUUCUGCCAGCGGAUUGGCCCGCUACUUCCCAGCCUCCCCUUGGAUGGACCUGAGCAACUCGGCCAGUAAGAUCGACCUGUACGAUGUGCGCAGGCGACCGUGGUACAUUCAGGGGGCGGCGUCACCCAAGGACAUGCUGAUCCUGGUGGAUGCGAGCGGCAGCGUUUCAGGUCUCACCCUCAAGCUCAUCCGCACGUCCGUGAACAAGAUGCUGGAGACGCUCUCGGACGACGACUACGUGAACGUGGUCUCUUUCAACGAAAAGGCCUCGCACGCGGCGUGCUUCCAGAACCUGGUGCAGGCCAACGUCCGCAACAAGAUGAUGCUGAAGGAGGCCGUGCAGAACAUCGUGGCUAAAGGCAUCACCAACUACAAGGGCGGCUUCGAGCUGGCCUUCGAGCAGCUGGCACAGCUGAACGUGUCGAGGGCGAACUGCAACAAGAUCAUCAUGCUCUUCACUGACGGAGGAGAGGAAAGGGCGGAGGAGAUAUUUAAGAAAUACAAUCCCAAGCAGGCGGUUCGAAUCUUCACGUUUUCAGUCGGUCAACACAACUAUGACAAAGGACCAAUACAGUGGAUGGCCUGUGCUAAUAAAGGUUAUUACUACGAGAUUCCCUCUAUAGGAGCCAUUAGGAUCAACACACAGGAGUACCUGGACGUCCUGGGCAGACCCAUGGUGAAGGCCGACCGGCGGGCCAAGCAGGUCCAGUGGACCAACGUGUACCUGGACGCGCUGGAGCUCGGCCUGGUGAUCACUGGAACUCUGCCGGUCUUCAACAAGACCAACACAGGCUCAAAGAAAUCACAGAACCAGCUCAUCCUGGGGGUUAUGGCCAUUGAUGUCUCGCUGGAGGACAUCAAGAGACUCACGCCUCGGUUCACGUUUGGACCGAACGGUUACUACUUCGCCAUCGACCCCAACGGAUACGUGCUGCUCCACCCUAAUCUGCAGCCGCUGACUGCCAAGUUCCAUGAACCUGUAACGCUGGACUUCCUGGACGCGGAGAUAGAGAACGAGAUCAAAGUGGAGAUGCGGAAAAAAAUGAUUGACGCACAAAAAGGGGAUUACACGAUGGCUACACUGGUGAAAUCCCAAGACGAGCGCUACAUCGACCAGAACCACAGGAUGUACAGCUACGCUCCAGUGAAGGGAACAGAUUACAGCCUGGCCCUGGUCCUCCCCAAGUACAGUAUGCACUACAUCCGGGCCACGAUCGGUGACACAAUCACCCAGGCUAAAUUUUCUGAAAGCCUGCUCGCCGACAAGUUUGAUGAAUACGGCUACACGUUCAUCGCUCCGAGGAUGUACUGUAAGGAUCUAAAACUGCCCGACAAGAACACAAACAACACGGAGUUCCUCAUGGAGUUCAACAACUACAUCGACACGAAGACUCCAAACAACCCCAUGUGUAACGUGGAGCUGGUGAACAGGCUGCUCUUGGAUGCGGGCAUAACCUCCGAUCUGAUUAAGCUUUGGAAACAAAAUGAGCUGCAGCCCGGCGUCUCGGCCAGAUUUGUUGCCACUGACGGGGGAAUCACGCGGGUCUACCCCAAAAGCGCCGGGCUGUACUGGAGCGAAGAAGCAGAGACGUACGAGUCAAGUUUCUACAAGCGAACUUUGGACAAUGAUCUGUACAUCUUCACUCCAACGCCCUACGCAAAAAAAAACAACACAAGCGACGACACAGUGCUGGUGAGCAGAGCGGUGGAGAUCGAUAUUGAUGGUAUCCUCCUUAAACCAGCUGUGGCCGGUGUGAAGCUGGACAUCAGCGCCUGGAUGGCGAGGUUCAUCAACACCACGCAGAGGACCAAUUGCAACGAUGAGAUCUGUGGAUGUCAGAGAAAUGACGUGUACGUGGACUGCGUCAUUCUGGACGACGGGGGCUUCCUGGUGAUGUCCAAUCAAGAUGACUAUAUCGAUGAGGUCGGACGUUUCUUUGGCGUGAUCGACCCGGUCCUCAUGAGGAGCCUGAACGACUCCCUGUUCACCUACAAGCAGACCUACGACUACCAGUCGCUCUGUGACCCCAAGAAGGAGAGCAAGGCGGCUGCAGGCCUGCGAUCAGUCUACGUGCCCACAAUCGCAGAUAUUUUGAGUUUGGGAUGGUGGGCGUCAGCUGCAGCCUGGUCCAUACUGCAGCAGAUACUGGUCAGCGUCACAUUCCCCAACUUCCUGGACGCAGCUGAAGUGGACGAUGACUUGUCGGAUGCCAUGCUGAAGGAGGUCUGCAUCACCAAGCAAACCCAGUUCUACUUUUUGAACAACAACGUGUCUUUCCGAGGGACAGUGGACUGUGAGAACUGCUCCAGGCUCUACCACGCUGAAAAGCUGCCCAAGACCAACCUGGUCUUCAUCAUCGCUGAUGCGAAACUCACCUGCUCGUCCUGUGACGCCACCCUGAUGAAACAGGACGAGGAGCCGUCCGAAGGUCCCGAUCCCUGUGAGCUGGCCCAGAGUCCUCGGUACAGGAAAGGGCCCGCGGUCUGUUUUGAUAACACCGAACAUGAGGCGGAUCCAGACUGUGGCGGGGCAUCCAGCCUGAGGCCCCCGCUCUGGCUGCUGGCGUCCCUUCAGCUGGUGCUGCUCUGGGUUCUGACCGGAUCCAGAAGCCACGCUGUCCCGUCAUGACCUCUGAACGACCUCAUCGCACCCUCCAGCUCCCCCCCUUCAACUCUCCAACAUGGCAACCAGCAUGCGACGCUGCCACUGAAACGAUGAACGCCCGAUGAGAAGUAACUAACAAGCAAAAACCUGUGGAGCCCCCACAUUCUUCCGGUUUCAGGGGUUUCUCAGUGAUUUCACCAGGUCCGAGGGUGCGAGCGAUGAGAGAAACCUGAUCGGUUCGAACUGUAACAACGACCCUGACCUGCGGAUAACCUUCAGCCCUUCAGUUGUCCCCCAGGGGAGAUUAGAGGAAUCCAGAGAUUCAUUUUGAUCGGCGACUCCCGAACUCUCUCUGACUUGAUGUCGCCAAUGACGGAGGUUGGACUGCCUUACAGUAUCAGAGGGAGUGAAGUCUCAGUGGAAGGGGCAUGCUGUCUAAUCGGUGAAGUUGAGCAGUUUUAUUCACCACUGCCAGAAUCAGUGCUGCCCCAUUUGUGAGCGUACAGUUUUAUUUACAAUCGAUUUGCAGUGGAUAGUUCUUAGGUUUUUAUUGUUUUGUGGUUUCCAAUUUGGCUACGAUUGCAGUACGAGAUGCCAAAUUUUUACAUCGAGAGUUCCUGCUCUUCCGUUGGGUUGCCGAUAAUAUAAUGUCGUCUCUGUCUGAUGUUCAAAUAGCAACACUCGUGUUCACUAUGUCCCUGAGGCCUUCGCCUGGUGUUCAUUUGUGUAGAUACUGUAUUUGCAGUGUGGAAAUCAUCUUCAUUGUUAUGUUUUAUGCACAGAAACCACCCGUCAACUGCCACAGAGCUCUGGCUUCGAUUUUUUUUUGUGUUUUUUUUUACAGCUGAACAACGAAACGUUGAUCAGGAGUCGUAACUGUCUGUGGAUUUUUUUCCUCCUCGGUGUCGGAUCGCUCCGGUGGAAACUUUUUUGCCAUAGCGCACAUUAACCAAUCAGGACGAGUCUGGCUGGUGUCAGUGGACAGAAUCUCUAGUGCCAUGUGGACUGCGUGACUCAGACUAACCCUUUAGCUACUAAAUGGAGAGAAGUGUCGUAUUUUUUAUUUAUUUCACUAUUUAUUUCAUUCGAAUGGAGCAUCGAGACAGCAUGCUACCGUUUGUUUUAUCGCCACCACUAAAGAAAAUGAAUGAGAGGUGAUAGAGGAGAUUGUACUUGACCUUUUGUUCGACAGAGAAACAGGAAAUCCGUACGUUUGUAUUCACUGCUGCCACUUUUAAAUUAAAUGACUACUAUCUGCACUGCAAUUCAAAGUGCAGCUGUUAUUUGUCUUUACA